AUGCUUCUUAUCCCCGCGGCGCUGGCGUUCGCGCUCUCCCAAGCCGCAGUGGCGGCCAGGUUGGGGCUGGCUCCGACGCCGACUGACAAACAAGCAUUUGCGGCCGUCUUCCCUCGACAGACCGGCCUUGGACUUGAUGGCUCACCGGAAUGCUCGUCUGUUCUUCGCAAUCUUGUCGAUGUCCCGACACCGCCUCCCGACCUUUCAAGCUACAUGCAGCAGGCUGCCACGCGGACAAACGCCGGCGGCAUCAGCUUCCCAGAUAGCCUCACCAGCAAGGCGAGUCGUUAUCAAACCCAGGUCUCUUCAUGGUGUAGCGAAAAAAGGGACGUCUUGACCAGGUGUACGGAGCUUUCGGCUCUUCAAUCUCAAUACUCGGACGUCUGUCAAACCACUGGGAAUGACGCUGCGGUAACCGGCUUGAACGGCGGUACAGAUUCUGGCACUAUAGUCUUGAAAAAUGGCGGUGGAGGUGGUGGAGGUGGUGGUGCCGGUAGUGCUGGUGGUUCUGAAGGAGGAGGAGGAGUAGGAGGAGGAGGAGGAGGAGGAGAAGCAGCAACCGGUGCUGGCGGCGACGGCGGCGGUGGUUCUUCUGGAGGAAGCAGUAUAUCCGGGGGUGCCAUCGCUGGAAUCGUCAUCGGUGUUCUUGCAUUGCUGGGUAUACUUGCCGGUAUCGCCGCCUUUGUCAUCUGGAGAGCCAGACGAAAGCCCACGGUGACCGACCAGAUGGAUAUGGCGCGGCAGCAGCAGAUGAGUGCGCCGCAGACGCCGCCCUCGGGCAUGAUUCACCAGCCUGGCCAGGCAUAUGCCAAGGAUAGCCCGGCAUACAGCGAGGACAGCUACCAGACUUUCCCCCACGAGCAACAAGGCCAUGAGAUGCCGCACUCAGGAGCGAAGCCCCCAGCCGAACUGAUGGGCAGCACGGAAGCGCCGCCUGUCGAACUGGGGUCUAACUCGGAGCCAGUGUAUGAGAUGCUGGCCGAUUAUCGGCCCAAAAAGGGGGCUGUGGCGAAUGCAAGAUGA